UAUAUCCUGCUAAGCAAGCAAGGAAGCAAGCAAGCAAGCACAAGAACCUAUUUGUCUCAGAGAACAGAGUGUUCUGGCAGCCACCACAUGGUAAAGCAAACUCGCAAGCAGCAGGCUCAGUGCUGUUUACCCUAAAGAAGCUAGUGUGUGCACUGGAAAGCGCUGACCGUUCAAAUGGAUCGCAUGGAGCUGCAAAAAGUCAACAUCGAACUUGAUGACCAGAGCAACAGCGGGGAAAGCCUCGAAGACAGCUACACGGAGAUGGCCGAGUCAGAAAAGGCUGCUGUCAUUAGGAGUCCAUUUGCUAGUGAUGAUGCAGAAAGUCAGAAGUUCCUUACAAAUGGAUAUCUGGGUAAAAAGAAAUUGGAAGAAUAUAGUGAGGAAUAUCACAGGGGAACAGCUUCCUUUGGGAUGUCAUCCUUUAACCUGAGCAAUGCCAUCAUGGGCAGCGGUAUCCUGGGGCUGUCUUAUGCCAUGGCCAACACUGGAAUCAUCCUUUUUGUAGUUCUGCUGCUCAGUGUAGCAAUAUUGUCACUCUACUCCGUCCACCUCUUACUGAAGAUAUCAAAAGAAGGAGGCUCAUUAAUAUAUGAAAAGCUGGGAGAAAAAGCAUUUGGAUGGCUUGGAAAAUGUGGUGUUUUUAUUUCUGUUACAAUGCAGAAUAUUGGAGCAAUGUCAAGCUACCUCUUUAUUAUUAAGUAUGAACUCCCUGAAGUGAUCAGAGCAUUUUUGAAACUUGAGGAGAAUUCUGGAGAAUGGUACUUAAAUGGGAACUACCUCGUCAUAUUUGUAACAGUUGGAAUUAUUCUUCCCCUCUCCCUUCUAAAGAGUUUAGGUUAUCUUGGUUAUACAAGUGGUUUUUCACUGAGCUGUAUGGUUUUCUUUGUCAGUGUGGUAAUCUACAAGAAAUUCCAAAUCCCCUGUCCUCUCCCUGUCAUGGAACAUGGGGCUGGGAACUGGACCGCCAUCAACAACACUGUGCCAAUGCACCUUGUCAUGCUACCCAAUGAUUCUCUCAAUUCUGAGGUGAAUUUCAUGAUGGACAACACAGUUGGGCACAUGCCAGGCCUUGAGGAGCCAAGAGACACCUUCCCUAAGAGUGGCGUGGAAUUUGAAGCACACAGUGACAGCAAUGACAUGUGUCAGCCCAAAUACUUUGUGUUCAAUUCACGGACUGCGUAUGCAAUACCCAUCCUGGCAUUUGCAUUCGUGUGCCACCCUGAGGUGCUACCGAUAUACAGUGAACUGAAAGACCGUUCCCGAAAGAGGAUGCAGAAUGUCUCAAAUAUCUCCAUCACCGGCAUGCUUGUCAUGUAUCUUCUGGCUGCUCUCUUUGGAUACCUUACCUUCUAUGGAGAAGUUGAAGAUGAGUUACUUCAUACGUACACGAAAGUGUACACUUUUGACACGCUCCUCCUGACAGUUCGCCUCGCAGUGCUGGUGGCUGUAACCCUGACUGUGCCCCUUGUCCUUUUCCCUAUCCGUUCAUCUAUCAGUGCAUUGCUGUUUCCAAAAAGGCCAUUCAGCUGGAUAAGACAUUUCCUGAUUGCAGCAGUAAUUCUUGCUUUUAAUAACCUGCUUGUAAUCUUUGUCCCCACUAUUAAAGACAUCUUUGGAUUUAUCGGUGCCUCUUCUGCGACCAUGUUGAUUUUCAUUCUCCCUGCUGCCUUCUACUUGCGGCUCGUUAAGAAGGAGCCUCUGAGAUCUCCCCAGAAGAUUGGGGCUCUAAUUUUUCUUAUAGUCGGCAUAAUCUUUAUGAUUGGAAGUAUGACUCUAAUUGUAAUGGACUGGAUUUACAAUCCUCCGAGUUCCAGACAUCACUAACCUGUGAAGACAUCUAAGUACUUUUUAUACCAUAAAUAUUUGUAUUGUGUGCUCCAAAGGACACCUAAAUGGGAAUGUUAUCCUUCCUAAUAACGGUUUGUAGUAACCUCCCUACAACCCAAUGGAGUACUACAUCAUCCUUUCCACUGAGGAUUGUUAUUUAUGCAUUAAGAACCUGAGCUUAGCAUUUCUGCCCAGGUUAGAUGAAAUGUGUGGUGUGGAUGCUUUCUAUUUUUGAAACCGAAGUAAGAGUAAUUGUGUAUAAAGUCCUCAAAAAUAGCUUGGUGUCACCCUUUCCACCUCCUCCCUUCAUGUUAAUAACUACAGUUCCUAGAGCACUGGAAAUGUAAUGGCCAAAAAACUCACUCGUGCCUUGUUUUAUACCUGAAAUGCAUAGGAGAGGCUGGCUUCAAGAGACUCUCUGGGUGAGCUCAAAAGUGGCUGCUGCCCGCUGAUCGGUCCGUAAGAAAGCUGUCAUCAGCUUUGGUGAGCCAGUAGGCAAAGCUGAGCAUCAGAUUUUGCCCAAAUUCGUCACCCCCAUCCCGUUGUGGCUGCCUUGUAGUCAGCUCU